AUCCGGUUCUCUAAAAAGCACACAAGUACUCACAUCCAGAAAGCAGAUAGAGAAGUUGGAUUGCUGACGAAGCGUUGUGAAGCUCACAUGCUGUCUGCUUAACAACAUGAAACAUGGCUGAAUCGGUGGUCUACUCUGAAGUGAAGUACAAAAAGGAGUCAAAUGCAGACACAGGCCGAGCUGGACCACAGAUAAAAGAGUCACCUGAGGAUGACGUGGUGUAUGCUGCUGUGGUCCAUAAGGCUGAUCACACAAAUCAACCAAACCCUCCUACGUUUUAUACAGUACAUUCCCCUGGUGACUCUUCCCCCAAAGGGUCAAAGGGCAUCAGGAGGCGUGGCCUUCUCCUAUUGGCUGUGGUGGUGCUCAUUCUUAUCCUGGGAGUGGCCAUCAGUCUGAGUUUAUACUAUUCUUCUCUAAACACUACAACAAAUGCUGCCAGCAAACAACAUACAAAACAGGACAAUGGACACACAACACAAAGUACAACAUAUUCAACAUCAGAAGAAAACAAAUACACAAAUCCCACAGCUGGAUGUCAGUCUGCUAAAUGUAACGAUGGCUGGGAAGCACAUGGCAGACAGUGCUACUUCUUCUCUACAGAGUCUCUAAUCUGGACUCGGAGUCAAGAAGAAUGUGUCCAUAAGAAGAGCCAUCUGGCAAUCAUAAAUGAUGAAAAAGAGCAGAAACUGUUGAUGGAGAUAAUCGCAUCAAAAAUGCAAGAAGCUGAGGACAAGUUCUGGAUCGGUCUGAAUGAUAAACAGACGGAAGGAAAGUGGCUAUGGGUAGACAACACUCCUCUUACAAACAAAGGAUUCUGGUUGAAUAGACACGAGCCUGAUAACUGGAAGGGUAAAAAUAAUGAAUAUCCUAAUGGAGAGGACUGUGUACGGAUGGGAGAGAUCAACUUUAUUCCCAAUAGUGCAGAAGGCUGGGUGGAUACAGCCUGUGAGAGAAAGUUCAAAUUUAUUUGUGAAGCUGAAGCUUGCUUAUGAUCACAGAGCAUCAUACAACUAAUUUCCUGUAGUCUCAUAGUCAAUAUCAAUGACAUCAAUAAACAUCUUUAUUACUGAUCUGUUGCCAGAUAUUACAUAUUUUACCAUGAUAACUUAUGUAAUUCAUGUGAAUAUAAUAAUUCAUGUCAAGAGUGUGUAUUACAGUUUUUUCUCAACUAAUAAGUCACAUGUAAUGAAACAGGGAUCCAACG